GCAGAAGUUCUAAGAUUUUUCAUUUGGAUAUACUGUGUGAUUCAUUUUGUCAGUCACAUUUCCCAUAUAUCACAAUUCAAAUAAAUUGCUGACACUCAGUAAUGGCGAGUGGGAAUGACGAAACGUCCUUAAUAAAAAAGAGUGAGUGAGCCAAAGAGAAAUCAGUGAGGAAGUGUAACUUGUAAUUGAAAGGAGGGAUAACUUUAGUACAUUGUUUAUUUUGUAUUCAAGUGACAUUAGCUAUAGAGACUAAGGGAGAUCAUUUUAAUAGACAUAUUUGGUUUGUGUGUGGGAGACUUGCUACACAAGUAACUUUCUGGAGUUUUUGCUGAACAGGCUUAUAGGCUUUCCAGGGAAAUAGAAAGUUCUAGACCCAGAAAGAAAACGAGAGAAUCAUGGAGAUGCAAGAAACCCCCCGAGAGAAGGAAAGAGUCGUGGAAGUGGACGAGAGUCAGAUAAUUCUGGAGACCUCAGUCGAGGAAGCUGAAUCUACAGUCUAUUCCAAACUGAAGAGUCCAUCGGAGGACAUUUAUGCUGAAGCUUCUCCUGGCCAGCCCUGUGCCAAAGACAGACCAGGAAGUGGAGGGACUGCCAAAUUACCAGACGAGGCAAACACAAAGUUAUCGGUUGAAGUGAAGGAACAGCAAGAGAAAGACCUGCAGGUCCUGGGGAACGUCGGUCUGUACCGCGCAGUGUGUUUACUACUGUCUGUCAUCUGUCUGGUUCUACUGCUCGUCAUCAUCAUCCUCUGUGUCAAAUUUCCAUCCCAGCCUCAGGUCUGUCAUGGAACUGAAAAAGGGAUUGAGGCUAAAGAGAAGGGGAGUGUGACUGAAAAAGGGAUUGAGGCUAAAGAGGAGAGGUUCCAGUCCACUGAGGUGUGCAGCCUGCAGACAUGCCAAGCACAAUACUUCCAACAACAGAGCCAGGUCCCUGCCUGCCACAUGUGUGAUGAAGGCUGGCUGCACUUUGAGAGCUCCUGCUACUUCCUCUCCAGAGACAGAAUGAACUGGGACGAGAGCAGGGACGAGUGUAAGAAGAGAGGGGCAGAUCUGGCUGUCAUAACAAACAAAACAGUGCAGACCUUUCUAACGAAGAAGGGAAACUUGAUGUACUGGAUCGGCCUGAGACAGAGAACGAGGAACUGGGUUUGGGUCAACAACACUGCACUGGGACAGAGUUACUGGUCAGGAUCCAACAGACAAGGGGAUUGUGGGUUACUGACAGGAAGGGAUCCUCCUGAGAGAAGCUGGAGCUCCACAUCAUGUGACCAGUACAGCUUCUACAUCUGCCAGAGGGGGCGCUAAAGGACAGACUUCACCAUCUGCCAGCAGUCACCAACCCAGGUCCUGGAGAGCUAUACGAUGUACAGGUUUUUGUUCCAGCCCAGCAGUAACACAUGAUUUAGCUAGUCAAUGAAUCACCUUGAUUAGCUGAAUCAUUUAAGUGUUGUACACCAUGUAGGUCAGCAGGGUUAGUGGCCACUGCCAUAUUCCAACUAAGAAACCUGUCAAUACGGAUUCUCUUUAGUCUUCCAUCUAUCAUUCAGUCCUAUUCCAUAGCCUUUUAUCCCAUGAUUACACAUCUCUAUCAACAGCCUUUUAAACCUUGAUUAUACACUGUAUGACAUACGUCUAUGUUAUUAUUCAUUCAUUAGACAUCCAGGUAUGACCAUUGAUGGUAAAUAUAAUCACAUUACAGUUAGUUAUGCCUUGUGAAGAUCAAUCAAGUCGGCCUUACAGAUUCAGUUAGAAUUUGCACUAAUGUUAAAGAUUAACACGCUAUAUUGCACUUAUUUGCUUGUUUUGCUGAGAUAUUUUCUAUAUGUUUUCUUAAUGCCUUUGAAUGUGAUAAUGAACUACAUGAUUAUGUGCAUUAACCAAUCAUUAUGUUUAAGUAUUGAUUCACAAUCCUGAAAGAAACAAAAGUUUAAUAUAAUUUGUCCCUGUAAUAAAGAAUCAGUUAUUA